AUGGACGGAAGAGGUCUAACUGGUGAGGGUGACUUGUUGUCAAAUGGUGGUGACGGUGGUGGAGAUGGCGGAGGUGAAGGUGGAGAUGGAGGAAGGAUGAUUGCAGCGAAGAGAAAUAAUGGAGGUGGAGGUGGAGAUGGAGGGGGCGGGCAGCAUAGAGGUGGUGGUGGUUAUGGAGGAGGUGACGACGGAGGUAGUGGCAGUGGUGGAUGUGGAGGUGGGGUUGGUGAAGAUGGAGUUGUCCAUGUAAUAUCGUCUGUUUGUUUACUCUCAACGGGAAGCUCUUUUGAUGGAGACCAACAACAGGAAUAUGGAUUGAAAGUUUUGAUGUUGAUGUACAAGAGCUUGGUAGAGACUGGAUCAUGGGAUCAUGUAAUUUUGGAAGCUUUGAGGGACAAUAUAGCUACCAGAUACAACGCAGAAGCAAAAUCGAAACUACUGGAAAAGGUUGAAGAAGCUCCCACCAUGGAUGAAUCACAGUUUGUUCUUACUCUUGACCUCUAA